AUGAGAAAAUUCAAAAAUGUUGAUAGAAUAUGGAUCUUAAAAAAAUAUCCUACAGCAGAACUCAUCACGCAUGCUUCAUUUUAUAUUUUUAGGCUUACCGUUUUUAUUAUCAUCCGUGCACUAAACUUUAAUAUCAAAGCAGUCAAUAAAAGAACAAUAACAGGGGCGAAUAAUAUUAUUAUAAGCAUUAUAUUCUCACUCUUUCUGGUGUUUUUUGCUCUUUACAACAUUUUCACAGAGAAUAUUUACGGGUAUUACCUAGCUACCAUUUUAAUGUUUCAUAACUUCUUAUUGACCAUAGCAAUGGCAAUACUGGCACAUAUUAAUGUAGGAACUAAAACCAGGUACUGGUACAUUACUCUGGUAAUUGCUCUAAGUUAUAUUCUAGAAAUGUGCAUUUCCACAGUCUUUAUUCACAAGAAAAGGGCCGAGAGCAACAAAGCUCUUUUUCAAAGGAUAGGCGCUGAUCAAACGAUCAAUGAUAUAUAUUCACUGAGGAAACGCAUCGAAACACUCAGUUCAAUAAAUCUGUUUCUCCCUGCGGUAAUAAUACUGAAGAUCUAUUUUACGCCCAUUAUAUUCGUACAGAGAUUUGAGAACAUCACUUUUGCAAUAUUAAUUUUAACAGCAUUGCAGCAUGUGUUUACCUAUGCGAACUUCUACGAUGAGGAUCUGCUACAAAGAAGGAUAGCAAUAGCAAUCACAAUCAUCAAAGCAGUAGUUAUUAUAGUGUUGAUUGUUUUAACAUCGCUAAACUAUGCUAAUUUGAUUGCUAAUGGCCGAGAUAUACGCAUUAUAUUGUAUGCUGAUAUUUUACUGGUAACGCUGAUGUUUCUUUAUUGCCUGUGUGUGGAUAUGAAAAGUUUUGGGAAAGGCUUGAAAAAGCACAUUCUGUUCAGGACACGAAAGCUUACACUUGGAUAG